AUGAAGUUCAUCACUCUUCUAUCCGUUGUGGCCACCGUCGUCGCUACCGCCAGCGCCAGAAACUCCGUUAAUCUGAAACCCGAGUAUGACCCCGACUCACUUGAUAGCGGAAAUUUCGCCCAUCUUCGCAAACCCAUGUAUGAUCCUGAGUCACUCGACAGUAACAACAUCUAUGUCUGCCCUCGGAAAUACCGUGUGAAGAAGAAGGACGGCGUUGUGGACGAGAAAAAGUGUUUAGUGCGCCUUGCGGGGUGCGUGAACGACCCCAAGAUCACGGUGUCAUCGCUUAUCGACAUAUUCGCAGGGGCUAAUAAUUUUGAGGCCACCUCCACAUUGAUUCACAGUGGUAGUCUCAACGACUUUAUGCUGGAGAUCGUGCUACUGCCUGAGGGCAUAACCAUUAAUGGACGUCCGGCCACGACAGAUAAAGAAGUCCAAGAGUACCUGGAUAAUGCUUUGGCCUAA